AGUGCAAGUGCAGUGUGACAUCGCCGCCGUCGUUUAGUGCACAGCCAGGCUUCCACUCUCGAUCGACUAGUGAUCGUUCGUACUUACGAAAUCAGUUUUCUUUCAUUUUUUAAGGGAAAACAGCUCGACGAACCAUGGGCGGAGGACACCAUCCGGAACCGAAGGUCUACAUCUCGGACAAGAUCCCCGACUCGCUGCGCAAGAGCAUGCAGACCUUCCAGGCCAAAAACGAGAUUCCGGUGUUUCUGAAGGGCGGACCGGCCGACAAGGCGCUCUUCCUGACCACGGUGGCGCUGUGCGGAAUCGGCAUUCUCGGCGUGCUGCGAUUCGUCUGGAGCGCUGGCUUUGCCUCCAAGAAGAAGUAAGAAGUGUUGGUGAUGGUGGUGAUAUUCUCUCUUGUCCAAUGAAAGAUUCUGAAUAGAUCAUGUAUGUAUAAAAA